AUGGCUUCUUCUACUCUAAACACUACUAAGGCAGGAAAGCCAGUAUCAAGGACAAAAAGAUGGGCGCCAAAGACUACCACAGGUUGCAUCACGUGCAAAAAACGACAUGUCAAGUGUGACGAGGCCAGACCAACCUGCCAUCGUUGUUUCAAGGCCAAAAUAGCAUGUGCUGGCUACGCACUGCCUGCAAGAGACUCUAGAGGCCCUUUACCAAUAGCACCACGGGUUGGUGCAGCCUACAGUGAUGACUAUGGUCUACCACUGUGGGAUACACCAACAGUAGUCCCGUCGUCAACACGCAUGGACAUUCGAGAUUUGCUCUACCUGGCACCCACACUUAUAGAAGCUCGCAGUCUGUUUGGACCUGCCCAGACAUAUCAUUCGGAAUACUCACGGAUGCACACCCGUGAGCUUGCCACCUACGCCCAAUAUCUUCCGGCGCGUAUAGACUACGAUGAGACGCUAGACUGCGCUAUUCAAUGUGCUUCGGCGUCUCUUCGAGAGUUCUCAGCACACAUAGUAACUCAUGAUACACCCUUUGUCCUUACAAAUCCAGCAGUGCUCGCCGCUUAUAGCCGUGCUCUGAAUAGCCUGCAGAGAGCACUCAGACAUCCUGAGCGGUCGAAAACAGCAGAGAUAUUGUGUGCCACUAAAUUAUUAAUGAUAUUUGAGUGUACCAAAGGGACUACGACAGAUGCAGCCCUCUUCCAGCAUACAAGAGGUGCCGCUUUGCUGAUCGAACAUCGCGGACCAGAGCAAUUCAAUUCCGACUUUGACCGUUCUCUUCUAACGAGCCAUUUACCAUUACUGUAUCUUUCCAUGAUUCGAACUGGCGAGCACAGCUUUCUCAACGAAUCUCGCUGGCUAAAUAUUAUUCAACGAGCCGCAUCAACAGGUCCAUCAUCUUUAGAUCGUUGCGAAUUCUGGCUCACUUAUUUCGGAAAAGCAGUGCCGUUUGCACAUCAUUGGAUCAAAACAAAUCGCCUAAUCACCUAUCCACCAUUUACGCUGGCAACAAAAACGGGGCUUCACAAUGCAGCUUUGGACCGUGCUAAUGAAAUCUGCGGUAUAUUAAUACCGUGGCACGAAUCUAUAGUAACCGCUCGUCCAGCACAGGAACAGUUUCGCGAACGUUGGACUGACAUGGUGACAAUCUCGCUCGCCACUGUUAUUUUUCAGUUGAAGCUAGCCAUUGCCAUUGGAAUUGAAAAUGCGAAAAAGGCAAAUGAAGACGCUAUAGAGCUGUGCUACAAGUUAGAGAGGCUGCAUACCGCGAGAAAGAACGUCGCUAGAGCCACAGCUUUGGUUGUGGUGGGCAUGUACAGCGCCGUGAUGGCAACGCAUGACGAAUGGACCGACUAUGUGGAACAAAACCCGCAACUCGGGCCAGGUGGGCAAGAAAUCCCAAGAUUAAUGCCACCGGAAAUAUUUUGGAGGCUCUUCCAACGAGCUGGAUUCAUGCCGCCACCAGAACCAUCAUGA